AGUACUAUUCAGAAUAACAGAAGAACUCGCCUAGAGCUCUUUCACAUCCUCUCUUUCUCUCUCGGUGCUCGCUAGUCGCUACUACGCAUUCUGGCCAUGGCUACAGCGACAACCCUCAAAAGGAGAAGAACGCAAGCCCCAGCUCCUCUCUGUCCUCUGUCAUUGACAGAUAUAGAGGAAGGUGAAAAAGAUUAUAGUGAUGUCUAUUGCGAGGAAUGCCGGUCCGGUGAUGCAUCUGACGAGCUUCUCCUCUGCGACAAGUGUGACCGGGGGUUUCACCUAUUCUGCCUCCGCCCCGUCCUUGUUUCGGUGCCAAAAGGGUCUUGGUUUUGCCCACCUUGCUCUCGCCAUAAGAAGUUCAGAAAGUUUCCUCUAAUUCAAACUAAAAUCAUCGACUUCUUUCGGAUUCAGAGGUCUUCGGAAUCGACCCAGAAGCUGAAUAACGAUGUUAGGAGGAAAAGAAAGCGCGUCGGAAGUUUAGUGAUGUCCAAGAAGAAGAGGAAACUUUUGCCGUUCAAUCCCACCGAGGAUCCUGCAAGAAGAUUGGAACAGAUGGCAUCUUUGGCAACGGCAUUGACAGCGACCGGUACGAAAUUCAGCAAUGAGCUUACUUACAUGCCCGGAAUGGCUCCCAAAUCUGCAAAUCGGGCAGUUUUUGAGCAGGGAGGAAUGCAGGUCUUGUCACGAGAUGAUGCCGAGACAUUGAAUCUGUGCAAAAAGAUGAUGGAAACAGGGGAAUGGCCUCCACUUUUAGUUGUUUUUGAUCCCCAAGAAGGGUUUACAGUGGAAGCAGAUAAAUUCAUAAAAGAUUUAACGAUAAUCGCAGAAUACACUGGGGAUGUUGAUUAUUUGAAGAAUCGUGAACAUGAUGAUGGUGAUAGCAUGAUGACCCUAGUUUCCGCUGCUAAUCCAUCGCAAAGUCUUGUCAUAUGUCCUGAUAAGCGUGGUAACAUUGCCCGCUUCAUUAGUGGCAUCAAUAAUUAUACUCCGGAUGGAAAAAAGAAGCAAAAUCUGAAAUGUGUGAGGUUUGAUGUCAAUGGAGAAUGCCGGGUUUUACUGAUUGCAAACAGAGAUAUAGCAAAGGGAGAGAGGUUGUAUUAUGACUAUAAUGGACACGAACAUGAAUAUCCAACCCAGCAUUUUGUGUAAUUAUUUGUACAUUGGUUAUACCACUGCCCAACUAAGCUCGCGGAAAAAAAUGAAUUAGUUUGGUAAAAUGCCAACAAAUGUUCUUUGAGGACAUUCAUCGUGUGCUGCAGUUCAAGCUUUGGAGAUUCAAUUUAUCCAAAUCAAUCACUCAUCAAACAGCACUAAGAGCUCAAGUGGGUGGAAAGUUCCCCCGAUCGGUCAUUGUAUUGCCCACCGAUUCUUGUUUUUUGUUGUAUCUUUUUGUUAAUCAAAGGUUCCUCAUUCAAAAAGAAAAAGGAUAAAAUGAAGUUGGUUUCAACUUCAAAGAAUUGCAAAUUUUCCAUUAAAUUUAGAAGAGAAUUGUUAUUCA